AUGUUUCAAUCUUUGCGUUCCGUUGUUGGUUCUUCCCUCAAGACCACCAUCCGAGAGAGAGCUUCUCUUUGGAUGAUGAUGCUCGUGGUGGUUUUCAUGCUCGGGAUCAUCAUGAGCAGUAGUAAUUGUCCUGGCGAUGGUGCUGCUACUGCUGCUAUGGUCAGGGGUAGCUCACCACUCGUAGAGGCAGGACCGAAUGGAACUCAAAUCAAAACAAUAACCACUGGAGAGAAGAUUGUGGAUUAUGUUUCUCCACAACGUCCUGGUUCUCCACCUUCCAUCUAUUAUAAAGUAACAGUCCCUACCAUGAUGUAUUUGGAUGUUGCAGCCUCUGCUGAGUAUGGACCCGCAACUCUGUAUUUGAAAAUUAAUGAUGUUCCAUUGGAAUCCGAUUUUGGUUAUAAACAAGUCGUGAGCAAAUCGUGGAAACAUGAAUAUUAUAGAAAUGGUGUGGAUGGUGAUCAAACGUAUUACAUUGGAAUUUGGGGAGAUGCUAAAUGUACAUUCAUGGUCAAUGUGGUGGACAGUCCUAUCAAUAGUGGGGAAAGUGCUGGAUUGGUGGCUGGAUUGGUCAUUUCCUUGAUAUUACUUGUAUUGGCUGUAAUUGCAUUGACUGCUGGAGGAAUUUUGUAUUAUCAACAGAAACACAAUCAUGCAACAAGAAUGGUGUAA